AUGCGGGUGAGCCGCGGGCAGGCGCCGACGGGGGGGCCCGGCGGGGCCCCCGCGGCGCUGUCGCCGUGGGGGCGUCUGUGGGCCGCUGCCUGGCGCCCCGCGGCGGCGGCCGCCGCUGCUGCUGCGGAGGGGGCGGCCGCUGCGGCCGCGUCGGGCGGGGGGGCCUCGGGGGCCCCCCGCGGGCGGGCAGGGGGCCCCCCGGGGUGGGGGCUGGGGAGCGUCGGGGCGGGGGCGGGGCUGCUGCUGCUGCUGGCGGGCGCGCUGCCGCCGCUGCUGGCGAGCUGGGGGCCGGCGGCGCAGGGGCUGUCGGUGGCGGCGCUGCCGGCGGCGCAGCAGCAGGAGCUGCGGGCGCUGCUGCUGCGGAGCCUGGGCUCGACGGCGCUGCCGCUGUGCCUCUACCUCGCCUUCCUGCUGCAGCAGGCGCAGGUGCAGCAGCCGCAGGCGCAGCAGGCGCUGGCGUGGAGCGCGGUGCACGGCGCGGGCGCGUGCUACCUGCUGCUGCUGCUGCUGCUGCUGGCGCUGCCCGCGCGGCUCUGCCGCGAACUGCUGCAGCUGCUGCUGCCCGGCUGCUGCAGCGGCGGCAACGUCUUCACCGGCACGCUCAUCCUCGACUGCUCGCUGCGCCGCAGCACGCUGCUGCGCCAGCUGCGCUCGCCCUGGUUCGCCAGCCACGCCCUCGGCUGGUUCCUCAAGAUGAGCCUCUACCGCAGCUGGCCCUGCGCCCUCGCGCUCUCCCUGCUUUUCGAGGCCGCAGAGGCUUCGCUGCACUGGCUGCUGCCCGAGUUCCAGGAGUGCUGGUGGGACAGCGUGGUGCUGGACGCGGUUCUGUCGAACCUGCUGGGGAUGACUCCGCGGCACUUGGCCAUGACGGGACUGCUCCUCGGGCUCUCCUUGCUCGCGGAGCUCAAUGUUUUCUUCUUGAUGACGGCCCUGGACCUGCACGCCACGCACUGGGUCAACCCGCUCCGGCUGCUGCUCCUCGGGCUGCUGGCCUUCCCCGCGGUCGCGGAGUUCUACGCCCAGCUCCAGCGCAGCAGCAGCAGCAGCAGCAGCAGCAGCGGCGGCGGCGUGGGGCCCAACGUCUUUCUUUUUGUCUUCAUUUUGGCGGCAGAAACCCUCGUUGCUGCCAAGUACGGCAGAGACAGAUUCCACUACAAGAGCCCCCCCAAAGAUGUCCUGCUUCCCUGGAUCCUCGCUGCUGCUCUCUUCGCCGCCUGGUGCUGCUCCUACUUCAGCCAGCAGCAGGGGGGCCCCCCUCCCCCGGGGGGCCCCCAGGCGCAGGGGGGCCCCCCGGGGGAGGACGCGGAGAAGGCUUGCGAGGGGGCGUGUGGGGUGUUUAGGACUUUGAACAACUUCAAACGGUCUGCUGCCAGACUGCUCCUCAAAAUGCCGCCCCAAGCCUGCUUCAUUCCUCUUCUUUACUUGGCCAAAAACUACUACUAUGGAGAACCCCACACCCCACAGCCAGCUCCCUAG